UUUGCAGCUCCUCAUCAGCGUCUGGAACCUGUGACUCUGCCAGGGAUUGUCUCAUUUGUGCUUAGUCUGUUAUGUGGGGCUUUGAAUUUAAUUCGUGGCUUUCAUGCCAUAGAAAGUCUUCUCCAGAAUGAAGGUGAAGAUUUCAGCUAUGUUAUUGCAUUUUUUCUUGGAACAGCAGCCUGUUUGUACCAGUGCUACCUGUUCGUAUACUACACGGGCUGGAGGAAUGCCAAAUCCUUCCUGACUUUCGGGUUAAUUUGCCUAUGUAACAUGUAUCUGUAUGAACUGCGCAACCUGUGGCAGCUUUUCUUUCAUGUGACUGUGGGAGCAUUUUCUACCUUACAAAUUCGACUGCGACAACCACAGGGAAAGUCCCCCGAUUACAAUGUCUGACAAGUCCUGCAACAUUUAGAGGCAGUCUUGUUCCAACAGUUAUUCACUCUCAGGAAUGUAAAGCUGUUCUCCAAAAGAAGAAGCUGUCUGGAUGGGGCACUUUUUUUUUUUUUUUUAAAUAAAGCAAUGUAAGAUGCC